CAGGCACAAACCGUGCUGUGACUGAUAUAGGGAGUAGAUAAUCCUUGAGACGAUAUCGAGUUCACGGGUUCUCGCCCGUUUCGUUAUUCUUCCUUCCAGGCCUCCGCUCCACUUUCGGCUGUCGAUCUUGUCGCCUCUACUCGGGGUAGCUAAUCGAGCUCCAUACUUCAAUUGCCCCCCGACUCACUCGCGUUGUCCAUUCUCCCAGAAAUAUGCCUGCGGAUUAUACAUCCACGGCCAAGGCCCUCUCCGUAUCCCCAACGUCGCCAGAAGCGUUCUCCCCAUCUGACGAGGAUGUCUUUCCGCCAUGGAGUCAACGAGCUUCCGCCCAGCGAAACUCACCAGGUGCCGCCAGCCGCAGUCCAGCGACCUUCAGGGAACAGAUUAUCGAUCGCGCGACCCAGAUGUCACAGCGAAUAAAAACGGCUUGGCGAAAGAUGACUUUCUGGCAGAGAGUUGGCGCAGUAGGUGCUUUCCUCUUAGCCAAUAUGCUGGGUUUGGCAUUCUUGUUCUUCACCGGGAAGGUGUUCAUUUGGAUCCGUCCCGUGGCAGCACAAUGGGAGAAGUCCCGUUUGGCGUUCUUCAUCCUUUGGCUUUGUGUCUUCUUCGUUUCUUUCCCUCCGUUGGUCGGAUGGUCGACUUUCGGAACAGUCUCUGGCUAUCUAUUUGGCGUAUGGAAAGGGUGGCUCCUUUACGCCUCUGCAACUGUGCUCGGCUCGACGGUUUCAUUCAUUGUGUCUCGUACAGUCCUGUCCAAAUUUGUGCACCGGUUGAUUGAGCGUGACAAGCGAUUCGCGGCUCUCUCGUUGACCUUGAAGUACGAUGGACUGAAGCUGCUGUGCAUGAUUCGCCUGUGCCCACUGCCUUACUCCGUAUGUAAUGGGGCUGUUUCGACCUUCCCGACCGUUCAUCCAUUGAUGUAUGGACUCGCCACUGCCCUCGUCACCCCUAAGCUACUAGUGCCCGCCUUCAUCGGCAGCAGACUUCGAAUCCUCUCCGAAAAUAAUGAGAAAAUGAGUGCUGGGUCGAAGGCUGUAAAUAUCUGCAGUAUAGUUUUCACAAUUGCCAUUGGCGUUUUCACCGGACUAUAUAUAUACAAACGGACCCUGGCUCGAGCGAAAGAAUUGGAGGCCAAAGAGCGAGAAGAUCUUCGACGGACUCUACAAGCAGAUCAUGCCUCUCAUCGCUCACACCAGGCCUUCUCGGAGGACCCGGAAGUCGAUCGGGCCGCCCGAACUCUUGCCCGCGAUGAGGAGGAACAGCUCGGAUUCACUGAUCUGGACGAUGACCACGUGGAACUGGCUAUGGACGACGAGAGCGGCAGUGAGAACUACAAUGGCCACGGCAAGUCAUCGCGUUAUUGGGAUGAAUUCACCGAUAACGACUCGGAUGCCUUCCGGGACGAAGACGGUGCGCAUGAGGAGACGUAUACCUUGCAUACUCAUGUGCGCCGAGACUGAAGUUUCUAGGGCCGUCGGGUACCGGCUAAGACCACAUUGCAUAUACAUCCGAGCCUUGUUGCUUGAUUAGAGUCUCCUCUAAUGAGUGAUGUCUUGUUCUAUAGAGAGAGAGGGACAUGAAAAUGAC